GCGUGGUUUUCAGAUCUCUGGUUGCGUGGAGUGUUGUUGUUGAUGUCAUGAUUAAUGUUUGAUUGAUGGAAGAUUAUAUGUAAUAUUGCUGCAAUUGUAAUCGAGAAGUAAUGGCGAAAAAUACAUCAAGUUCUGCGUUCCGGAAGAUAGAUGUUGAUCAGUAUAACGAGGAUAAUUAUAGAGAGGAAGAGCAAGUUGAGUUACAGUCGACGCCCAUCGGUCCGGAUGAAGCAGAAGUCGGUGGCCUCAUGAAUCAAGGACGCUAUGUGGAUGCAUUGAAAUUAGUACUAAAGAAUGCUCCAUUAGGAUCUAAAAAUCAGCAAGUUAAGGACAAUGCAUUAAAUUUGACAUUGAGGGUAUUAUUGUCCAUCAAGUCAUCUCAAAUAGAAGAAGCAGUUGCAGCCCUUGACAGAGACCUUAUUGAUGUCCUUAUGAAGUACGUCUACAGAGGCUUCGAGAUGCCAUCAGAAGGGAGCAGUGGUCACUUACUGCUUUGGCAUGAAAAGGCGUACGCUGUUGGAGGUGUUGGAAGCAUUAUGAGGGUGCUGUCUGACACAAAGAGAGCAUAAAUAUGUUUCACGUGUAUAGUUUUUGUGCAUUGUUAAGAAACAAGGAGACUUGCAGUCUAACAAAGCUCAGUGUGAAUGUGAAUACAGUCUACAAUGUGUAAAAUUAUUGAUCAUAUUCAGUGAUUAUGUUUUAAUAUUUUGUGUUUGUUGUUGGAAACUAUGUAAUUAUUUUGGUGAGUAUAAUUUGUUCAAGCAUUGUAUCACUGCUGAAAAAUGCUGUCUGAUUAUUGCAUCAGUGUUUGUACAAUUCACUUUGACAGAAAAUCUACACCUACAUAGUUUACUAGGAAAUGCACAUUUGUGUUUCAAUAUAGAAAUUAUCAUAUAGAAGAGAAAAAACAAACUUUCAUAGAGAAAAGUGAUCAGUAUUAGGCCAUUAGAUGCCACGACAAUGGGCAUCGCGUAUGCAUGCUUUUUGAUUAAUAUAUUUUCAUGUCGGAUAUGAGAUAACUGGAACAACUAUAACAUAGUUUCCAUCCUUUUUUUUAAAGGACUGUGUGAAAUACUAUCCUUGUGAGUAUUGUUUUUGAAACAUUCACAGUUAACUUAUUAGUAAAGUAAAAUAAAAGCUUUGGUAAAGAUGUGUUUCUAGAUAACUUGUGCUUAUGGAUUCUCUGUUGACAGUUUUGUGUGGAUAUUUGAUGAACAUUGUGUAAAAUCUGGGUUCCAGUAUAUGAUUUAUUCAGAGUGAUUCAUUCUGUUUAGUUUAAUGCAAGGAACUCAAAUACAUACAGAAAAUUAUAAUUUUCCACUUUCUAAACAUUUUGCUGUGAAUCUGGAUGGAUAUAAUUCAUGUGAUUUGUGUAUAUGAUUCUAUGGUUCAAUGAAUAUUCUGUAUGGAUGUACUAUUUGUGUCUUUCAAGUAAAAACGUUUAUUGAUGAUAA